GUGGCCGGGAAGCGGGAAUGGCCAUGCAGGCAACCGAGGGGAGGGACGCGAAUGUGAGCAGCCGAAACCGCUAGAUCCAACCCAUCCCAAGCGCCGCCGCCGCCGCCGGACAUUCCCCACUGGCGGCGCCCCGGAGCCCAGAGCUCCCCUCCGGCCAUGCAGCGCGCAGCCCCGGGCAGCGGGCAGGCGCCGGACGCAGCCGAGCUUCGGGCAGACGGCCGCGCGCCUCGGCCGUUGCUCCCUUCGAGGGAGGUGUGACGGGCGGGAAGAGCCCCCGGGCCGGAUCCGGGGCUCGGCGGACGCCCUCCCGGUUCAUGUCAGCGCGCCGUCGCCGCCGCCUGCGCUUCUGAAGCUGCGCCUUCCUCCUCCGAACCGGGCGCCCCCUCGAGGGAUCCUCGCGCGGCGCUCCGGGCCCCGACGGCUGUUGGGCUCCUCCCGGGCUGGGGACUGGACGCAGCCCGGCUAAGGAUGGGCUGACAGGCUUGGGACGGUGCCGCUGCCGGGAGCCGUCGAGGAUGCUCUGGCCGGCCGCGCUGCUCCUGCUGGCGGCGCUGUGGUGCUCCGGGGGAGCGCGCAGUUGCCCCGUCCAGCUGCGCGGCUGCAAGUGCGUGGGCGAGCGGGCCAAGGGGCUGGCGGCGGCCAGGAAGAGGGUGAGCUGCAGCGGCGAGGAGCUGGCCGAGCCGCCGGCGCCCCGGCUCUUGCCCAACAGCACCGUCACCCUGAUAUUGAGCAACAACAAGAUAGCAACUCUGAAGAAUGGCUCUUUUUUCGGACUUCGUGCUCUUGAGAAGCUAGACCUGAAGAACAACUUGAUUAGCAUCAUCCAACCUGGAGCUUUUCUAGGCCUCUCGGACCUGAAGCGCUUGGACCUCUCCAACAACCGCAUUGGGUGUCUCAGCUCUGGCAUCUUCCAGGGAUUGGUCAGCCUCAUCCGCUUGAAUAUGUCAGGGAAUAUUUUCUCCAGCAUCCAGAGUGGGGUCUUUGAUGAGCUGCUGUCUCUGAAAGUUCUUGACUUUGCCACAGAAUACCUGACGUGCGACUGCAACAUGCGCUGGGUCUCAGCCUGGUCCAAAAACCGCUCCGUCCAGAUCUCCGACAAGACGCUGUGCAUCUACCCUGGCAGCCUGCACGGGAAGCUGCUACGCAACAUCCGGGAAAGCCAGAUGCGCUGCGAAGGGACCCCAGAGCUGCACACCCACCUGCUGAUCCCCUCCUUGCGGCAAGUGGUCUUCCAAGGCGAUCGCCUCCCUUUCCAGUGCACAGCCAGCUACCUGGACAACAGCACACACAUUUUGUGGUACCACAACCGUGCCUUGGUGCAGGGGGAUGAACGGAAUGGCAUCAUCCUGGAAGAGAGCCUCGUCCACGACUGCACCUUCAUCACGAGCGAGCUUAUCCUGUCCAAUAUCCAUGUCUCAGCCAGCGGCGAAUGGGAGUGCACCAUCUCCACUGCUCAGGGCAACGUUAGCAAGAAGGUCGAAAUAGUUGUUCUGGAGACGUCAGCCUCAUACUGCCCAGCCGAGCGUGUCACCAACAACCGUGGAGACUUCAGGUGGCCACGCACCUUGGCUGGCAUCACCGCCUACCAGUCAUGUCUGCAGUACCCCUUCGCCUCUGGGAACGGGGGGCCCGGCUUGGAGAAGCAAGCGUGGAGGCGCUGUGACCGCACUGGCCGCUGGGAGGAAGGGGACUAUUCCCACUGCUUGUACACCAACGAUAUCACCCGUGUCCUCUACACCUUUGUGCUGAUGCCCAUCAACGCCUCCAACGCCCUGACCCUGGCACACCAGCUGCGUGUCUACACAGCCGAGGCGGCAAAUUUCUCGGACAUGAUGGAUGUCAUCUACGUUUCCCAGAUGAUUGAGAAGUUCACUGGUUACGUGGAUCAGAUUAAGCAGCUCACGGACGUCAUUGUGGAGAUGGCCAGCAACAUGAUGCUAGUGGACGACCACGUUCUGUGGAUGGCUCAGAUUGAGGACAAGGCUUGCACCAGCAUCGUCCGCUCUCUAGAGAAGAUUGCCGCCUACACUCUCAGCACCAGCUCUCAGUACAUAGCCGUGAACACGAGGAACAUCGCUUUCGAGGCCUACCUGAUCAAGCCAGACAGCUAUGUGGGCCUGAGCUGCACAGCCUUUCAGAAGCGCGAGGUGGUGCUCAGCAGUCGGCCGCACCGGCAGGAGCGAUAUGCCGAGUCCCUGGCAGACCAGCAGCUGAAGUUCCGGUGUGCCACGGGGCGGCCAAACAUCUCCCUGGCCAGCUUUCACAUCAAGAACAGCAUUGCUCUGGCCUCCAUUCAGUUGCCUCCUGGUCUCUUCUGCCCGUCGGCUGCUCCCUACCCCUCAGCUCACAAGUACAAACUCCAGUUCCUGGCCUUCCGCAACGGCAAGCUCUUCUGCAGCACCGGAAACUCUUCACACCUGGCAGAUGAUGGCAAGAGGCGCAGUGUGGCCACUCCGGUGAUCUAUGCAGGAACACAUGGCUGUGGAGCGAGCAACUUCAGUGAGCCCGUCGUCAUCUCGCUGCGGCAUUUGGGCGAGGGCACCGAUCGCAUGGCCGCUUCCUGGGACUUUGACGUGCUGGCUGGGUACGGGGGCUGGAGAGCUGAAGGCUGCCAGCUGAUUGGCCUGGAGCCCAACGUCACCACCGUCAGCUGCCGGCACCUUGGCAACGUCGCUGUGCUGAUGGAACUGAGCAACUUUCCACGUGAGUCGCCGAGCCCAGCUGAGGUGCUGCACCCUGUCAUUUAUAGCUGCACUGCCCUCCUCCUCCUGUGCCUCUUUGCCACCAUCAUCACGUACAUCAUCAACCACAGCACCAUUCACAUUUCCCGGAAGUGCUGGCACAUGCUGCUCAACCUCUGCUUUCACAUUGCCAUGACAUCGGCCGUUUUCGCGGGGGGCGUCACCCUUACCAACUACGUGGUCAUCUGCCAAGCGGUUGGCAUCAUUCUGCACUACUCUGCCUUGUCGACUCUCCUGUGGAUGGCGGUGAUGGUGAGAGUGAUCUACAAGGAGGCCACGUGGAAGGCACCACAGCAGCAGGAAGGGGAAGCCCCCCAGCCAGCCCCCCGCCCAAUGCUACGAUUCUACCUGAUAGCUGGUGGGAUCCCCCUCAUCAUCUGUGGGAUUACAGCAGCAGUCAAUAUCCAUAACUACGGGGAUCAUGACUCCUAUUGCUGGCUGGCUUGUCAGCCAAGCAUUGGGGCCUUCUACGUGCCUGCGGCUUUCGUCCUGCUCGUCACUUGGAUUUACUUCCUGUGUGCCGGAAUCCGAUUGCAGUGCCAAGCCAAGAACCCCAAAGAGGCGCCCAAACCCCUGGAAAUGCGUCAGCGGCUGGGUGGCAGCAGCAACCUCUUGACAGACUCGGGGUCCAUCUUGGUCACGCUGAAUUCUACCCCGCACAGUGCCGACAUCGAUGGCGUUUACUCUUUAGGGGUGCAGUUCUGGGCUCUUGUCAUCACCCAUUUCCUGUACAUCACUCUCUGGACCUUCGGGGCCAUGGCGGUGUCCCAGCGCUGGUUCCUCCUGAAGGUCGCCUUCAGCUGCCUCUACGGAGUCACGGCUGUGGCAUUGGGGCUCUUCAUCUUUGCCCACCACUGCGCGCGCCGCCGAGACGUGCAGGGCUCGUGGUUCGCCUGCUGCCCAUCUUACAGGAAUGCUUUGCCCAUGCAAGCCUACGUGCACCCAGGGGUGGGAGUGGAGGACGGCUCCCAGGUCUUCAUUGGCUGCAGCCCCGAGGCGGCUCAGUCCAUCAAGUCCUCCUCUUCCCCCAGCAGCAGCAAUUCCGCCCCGGGGCUUUGCAAACUCAACAACCUGCAAGUGGCCCUCGGCCAGGCAGAUGGCAGCCCUUCGCAGACGGCCUGCUAUGAGGACGCCGAACCUUGUAAUAGCAAGAGCACCCCGCCGGCCAGGUACGCCAACAACCUGCACGGCCGCAGCAGACACCACAAAAGCAGGACUAAGCAGUACCGGGAAGGGAAACACCAGCAGCGCCUGAAGGCUCUGCGGGGGCCUUCCUCGGAGCACCCUACCAGCGAGAGCGGCAGCCUCCCCACCAGCCACUCGGAGAGCUACCAAAGCAGUCGGAACAGCCCUCUGAACAAUCGGCGCCACGGGGUGGUCCCAAGCCUGGAGUUGGCCCUGACGCAGUCCGACUUGAGCGACGGCAGCGGCGGCCACCACCACGGGGCAGACUUCAGCCAAGGCCAGCGGAGGAGCACCAGCAGAGACAACCUCAAGCACCAGGCCAAUGCCGCAGCGGAAAAAGAGACUAAGAGGCGCUCCUUCCCCCUCAACACGGCCAAUCAGAACGGGGGCCUGAAGGGCAGCGAGUACGACAUAAACCUCACCGGGGCUGACAGCGCAGCCGGCAUGAAAACGGGUCUCUGGAAGAGCGAGACGACUGUGUAGGGAAGGGUCAAAGGGGCAGGGGGCUGGAGCAGGUUUCCCCAGCCUCGGGCAGGAAUUAGCAAGGCACUGGCAUCUUGCUGCCAGAGCCUGCUGACGCAAGCUGCAGAGGCUGAUGGUGUGCACUAUGUGGGGCUUGGGCAGUGUCUGGUUGACCACGUUCCCAGACCCCCUGCCCUGCAGUAGAGAGGAAAGGUCACCUGACAUCUGAGUUGCAAGGGGGCAGGGUAGGGAGAGGGUACGUGCAUCACAUCCUAGGAACCACACCAUGCUCUCCACCACCGAUAUCCUGUGCACCAGGUGACUCGGCUGCUCUUUGUUCCUGGGGAUCUUUUCCUGUCCCCGCCGAACGAGCAGCGGUGGCCUAAUUCGUACGGUGAAAGACAAUCAUUUGUUCUGGAGCAUUGCAAUCUAUAUUAUAUCCCUUCUGCAUGUCACUUAGAUCCUAGGUGCUUUUUUAUUUUAUUUUUUUGGUAUGGCAUACCAAGGAAAGCAGUGUUUAUAAGCUGAAAUCUCUAGCGUUGUAUGUACAUAUGUAUAGGCAAAAUUGCUAUCCAAUUGAAGUGCCUACACACUUUAUGUUAAAGCCAUCAAUGUUGUGUCAAAGAGCUCUUGCCUUCUCCACUCCCCCCUCCUCCAACAUACCUCAAGGCCAGUUCUCAUGGCUACGCUGUGGCUCAUGCAGCCAACAAACCAAAUUGAUUAUUUUUGACACAGCUCCAAAGCUGGAGACAGUUGGUCAUUUUUAACAGAAUUGAUGGUAGUAAGGCAGCGGCAUCAUUGUGCUCGUGGGGCUGACCAAGGAGGUGGCUCAAACCAUGUUGCUCCUUUUAAGUAUUUUUUUUUGGGGGGGAAGCACUUUUAAACACCUUUGAGACAUUCCCAUCUGCUUAGUUCCAAGGGGGGCGGGGACAGUCCACUGUUUAUGGGUGUUUUGUCAAGUUAAUGAGCAGUCGCAUGAUCAAACUCCUAUUGAAUCUGCUACGCCAACAAUGAGCUCCAUGUAGCCAACUAAGUCCUUGGGCUCUUUCUCAAAAGCAGCAAUCCCUGCCAGCAGGCUGAUCACUCCUUGCCCACGCCAGGCAUAGGACUUCUUGCAUUGUAUUUUGCAAUCCCACAGAUAAUUGCACUUGUUAGACAUGGAAAAAACUGGCCGUGAGAAUGUGUUGUUUUCUAGUCUGGCUGACCUCAGACACACCCCCUUCCAAGCUUGUAAAGCUGUACCUACGCUUUCAGAAGACAAGGAAAGAUGAGAGAGGUUCAGAAGAAGAGGAAAGAUUGUCAGGUCAAGGUGUGAUUGGCCAAGGUGGGUUGCACCAAUGACAUCAACCUUUUAAAAAGUUUUUUUUCCUGUUAAAAAGAACGGGGUGGGGGCAAAUGCAUUAAAUGUUCAGAGGAGGAAUUGGGUCAACUGCAGAUUCGCUAAAGAUAAAAGGGCACAUAGAGGGUCAAAUCAAAGUGGAUCUGUAGUUAAAGGUGAGUCUUGGGGUCUGAAACAACUGAAGACUAGGGUCAGGGAAAGAUGAAGAUGUGCAAUACCCCGGCAUGAGCUUUGUCUUAGAAUUGUUUAAUGAUAGCAGCAGCAAAAAGAGCACCACUCCUCCUGCCUCUGAAUUAGGCUGCUGAAGUUCCUGAUAGAUUGCAAGUAGAUUUGUGCUUGUAGGGUACCAACAGGCAGUUGGUGCCACCUUCGGAGUCGUCAUUUUGCAUUUGACUCUAGACUGGCUCCAGUUGGUAGACCAAGAAAAAAUCCAGUAGGGGUCAGGAUAGAUUCUGCAAGGCAGAUGUCUGUUCACACCUGGUCUUAGCCACUUCGUGUCAAACAUGUAGUUCAUUAGGAGGCAGCGGCCUGAGCCUUUUGCUCCAUUCUUCUCCUCCCUAUCCAUAGCCUUACAAAACCUGGUGCAAGGCGCAUGACCUCUGAAGGUCACACUGAGAUGCAAACUGAGAAGAGGUCCUCAGCAUGACGCAGUGCAAUAAGCCAUUUCCCCCCACCCUAAGAGGGAGCAAAUGUAGCUUUUUAGUGACCAUAUUUAGCCCACCGAAUUACAGAGCUAACGUGUUUAUUUUAAAAGCCAUAGUCAAAACACAAUCAAGCAAAGUAUCAGCUACAAGUAAAGUGUGCUUACCUCACUUUCAUGGCAUGUACUUGGCCUUGCAGAAAAAAAGAAAAAGGGGAGCAUAGCUUCUUUGUUUGUAUGGCACACUGUAUGGCAGUUUUUCUAUCCAUGUUAAGAGGGCCAACACCACCCAAUCAUUUAACUGCUCUUGCACAAGGAACCCAAGUGUUGUUCACAGAGACAGGACACAUGUCCUUAAUCUACUCAAGUCUGCAAAGACUUCAGCUUGCUUUUGGGGGG